AUGGGUUUCUUUAUCACCAGGGCCUUCGCCGUCCUCACCCUCACAGCCCUGACGCUCGCCCAGGACGAACCUAAAGAAGACGGCUAUAUAGGCUACCACCUCGACCGCCGCGGCGACGACAACGAGUCGGCCGUCUACGAAACGGCCAACACAAAGACAGGCAUCGACGCGCUCAACCCCAUCCCGGACGUGUACCUCAACGCGUCCGUCUCGGUGGGCGAGAUCAGCAUCGAGGUGCAGAACCUCACGGCCAAGGUGAACCUCGACGCAAAGGUGCUGAACCUGCUGCAGUUUCAGGCGGGCGUGGACGCCAGCAUCGACCGCGUCAAGCUGGGCAUCUACAACAUCUCAGCCAAAGUCGAGCUCGAGGCGCGCCUGGAGAAUGUAGUCAAGAUGGUCGACGACGUGCUCACGAGCAUCGACCUGAACCCCGUCAUCGCGACGCUGGGGGAUACCGUCAAGGACGUGGUCAACAAGACGGUCGGCGUCGUCACGGACCCCGUACCGAGCGCCGCAUCGUCUUCGUCGUCCGUGGCGAAGCGAGACCUGGCGAUCCGCCUCGAGAAUAACAUACUAUACUCGGUCAACGACUUUUCGGGACGCACGCACACGAACCGCGUGCUCGCGCAAAACGGCUCGCUGUUCGACGUCUACCUCGACAACAACGGCAACGAGAGCGGGCGCAAGGUGGUUGGCUUCUACAGCCGGGACAUGACGUUUAGCGGACACAACAAGACCAUCUCGAUCGACGGGCAGGUCAAGGAGUUCGAGCUGCAGUAUCUUUACGCGCCGUAUCCGGGCCUCGAGGCGUUUAGCAACAUCUACCUGGACACUACGGGCAAGGUCGUGAGGACCAAGAUUGUGGCUGAGGCGGAGGGAGGGGGCACCGCGACGAUUAGCAAUGACAAGGGGGAUGGCCUAUAG